AUGCGGCGGUGGUGCUGCUCCUCCGCCGGCGGUCUCGCCCGCCGCCUCCUCUCCCCCUCCUCCACCACCGUCGUCCAUGCCCGUCCACCCCUGCCCUCCCUCCCCUUCCGCCGCCACCACUUCCACGCCCCUCUGCCCGUCAUGGCCUCGCUGUUCCACUCCGCGGCAGCCGCUUCCAUCGUCCGGCCUCCGCUGAUGGCGAUGCAGGUGCGCCAAUACGCCGUCAAGGGCAGGUCCCGCGCGCCGAUUACGCCCACCAUCUCCAAAGUCAAGAAAUACAAGAUGAAGGCCCCCUCGUCCAUGAAGUUCCGCUUCCGAACCAUGAACGACGGCCAGAUCCGCAGGUGGCACGCUGGCAAGCGCCACAAUGCGCACCAAAAGUCCAAGUCAGCAAAACGAAGACUUCGGAAGCCUGCUUUGGUGCAUUUGGCUUAUGCAAAAGUUAUAAAGAAGCUCAACUUCUCCGGCUAGGAAAUGGAGGAACGCAGGAUGGAGAUUGGCACAUGAAUCUGGUCGAUGAAUACUGACUGCCAACUUUUAUCUUCUUACAUUUGUCGUUUGAUGCAUUGCAAUCAGAUUUUGUGCUCUUAUCUGUUCACUGAUACCGAUGAGCAUUCUGCGGUAUACCAGCCGUUUGUUUUCUUCACAAUCUAGUCUAGUUGAUAAAGGCUCUCCUGUGUUGUGUUAUCUGUUAUGCACACGGAGAAGACUCACCAUAGACCGUAGUGAUGAUGGGCAGUAAAGAAACUGUAUUUUCCUUGCC